AUGUCCAAAGGUACCCGACUUACCCGCCGGCAUCUCUCCUUAAGUCUACCCAAUUUAUCGUCUCUUUACUUAUCUUAUGACAAGUCGACGACUCUUUCUAACUUCUCCAGUCUGGAUAGGCUAAUUCACUUUAGUUUAUCGUCUGGUCCCAUGGACACUAGACCCAUCCGCAGUUUAAAAGCCGACCUGCUUGGGCAUGUCCACGUAGUACGUAAACUUCGCCAUCUACCUCAAACUGUGACCACUGACUCCUUGAUUAGUCAGAUCAAGGACUUGCUGUCACCUAACUCAGAUUCGAGACCAACUGCGGCUUCCGAGAUGCAGUCGGAGCUGAUGAUUACGUCUGGCGAGGCCACGGCUGAAUUGAUUGGGGAUUGCAUUGCUCAAGCUCUUGACAGGCAUUCACGAUUGUCUCGACCUGCUGAUGUAAAGAACAAUGAUUUACUUAUGACUACGACCCUCAGCAUUGAUUCUAGCCCCCUCAAGCCAAUAAACCUGAAAUUAAGCAAAUUUACUUCUAAUUCCGAUGGGUAA